AUGCAGACUGAGAAUAUUAGGAUUUCCCAAGACGUGAGAUCUGAAAAUCCCAAUCUAGAAGAAGAGGAGAAAAACAAUGUAGAGGCUCCAGGAAAUAAAGGUCUUGAUCUCAACUUUGUCCCAGCUUCACCCUCUGCAACUGUAUCUUUUACUGAUGAAGAAUGGAGGGAGGGUGUUGAUUAUUGGAAAUACUCCUUAGUAGGACAUGUUAUAGGACUGAAUGUAAAAUUCAAAUCUAUGGAAUCAUAUAUCAACAAAGCAUGGGCCAAAAUAUCAAUUCCUAAGAUUUCUUUACUUAAGCAAGGGGUCUUUUUAUUUGAUUUCCAAUCUGAUCAGCAGAUGAGAGAGGUCUUGGAAUCUGGGCCUUGGUUCUUUGGUUCAAGGCCUUUGAUGCUAAAACCAUGGUCUAUUGAGAUUGAAAUGGAGAAAAUACAGGAUUAUUCAUACCCAAUGUGGAUUCAACUCCCAAAUCUGAAACUUAAUUUGUGGAGUGCCACAGGAAUUAGCAAGAUCUCUAGCUUAAUUGGAUGUCCUAUAACUAUUGAUAUGCUUACAGCUACUAGGCAGAGACUUAGCUAUGCUAGAGUACUAAUUGAAGUGCAAUUGCCCCUGAAGAACCCCCUGCCAGACCUAGUUGAUUUUCAAGGGCCAGAUGGGAAAAAGUACAGUCAGAGGGUUAUCUAUGAGCUUAAGCCUAGAUGGUGUUCAAACUACAGUAUUAUUGGGCAUGACACUGACAAUUGUAGAAGACAAAAGUUUAAGAAAAUAUGGGUUCCAGUUAAUAGAAAGGAAAAUUCUGAAGCUCAAGUCAAUUGUGCACUGUCUGAGCCUGUGCAUGUUUCUGGAGAUCAGAUUAAUGUUAGUCUGUCUGAUACAUCUGCUCAGCAAAUGAAAGAACAUCCAAACAGUAGAAAGGUGCAAAUAGUAUCAGAGGCAAAUAUAAAUGCUUAUGUUUCUCCUGAUAAGGGAUCUGCACCUGAGAAAUAUGCACAGAGCAUGAGGUCUGAUAUUCAUAGCAUUAGACUUGGAAAUUCUGGACUGGCAACUUUUCACCAAAUUUCCUCUCCAACAGUCAAUGCAUCUGGAUUUUCAAGUGUUAAUAGGGCAAGUAUUGCAAGAAGAGUUUUAGCAAAAACUCCAGGGAACCUAACCCAGUGUGUUAAAGCCUCAAUGCAAUAUGUGACAUGCUCAGUCAACACAAAAGAUGGUAGACUUUCUUGUCUAAUGACUGUGGUUUAUGCUUUGAAUCAAAGAGAGGGAAGGAAAGUACUAUGGCAGAAACUUCAAGACUUUAGGACAUCAGUUGAUUGUCCCUGGCUAGUUGGGGGAGAUUUUAAUGCCAUUACUAAUGGUGAUGAAAGGUUGGGGGGUGCACCAGUUACAGGAGCUGACACUGAAGAUUUUCGGCAAUUUAUUUCCUCUAGCCAACUGGUGCAUAUUAAGACUACUGGGUGCUUUUAUACAUGGAAUAACAAACAAGAAGCUGAAAGUAGAAUUUGGAGCAGAUUAGAUAGAGUUUUGAUCAAUAAGUUAUGGAUCAUGCAAUAUACAUCAAGUCAAGUAGAUUUUUUACAGCCAGUCUGUUCUGAUCAUUCUCAGUUAUGGAUCAUGCAAUAUACAUCAAGUCAAGUAGAUUUUUUACAGCCAGUCUGUUCUGAUCAUUCUCCAGCUCUUCUUACAGUUGGAGAUGAUGAUUUUCAGGGCAAGAAGCCAUUCAAAUUCUAUAAAAUGUGGACUAAGCACAUUGAAUACCUGCCUUUAAUCAGAUCUAUUUGGCAGCAGGAUGUGCAAGGUUAUUAUAUGUACAAACUAUCCUUCAAGCUGAAAAUGCUCAAACCUGCACUCAAAGAAUUGAAUAGAAGACAUUUCAUGAAUAUUAGUGAACAGGUGUUAAGAGCCAAACAGGAGCUAUCUGAUAUUCAAAAUAGGAUCAACACUGAUCUAUUCAACUCUCACCUUAUUUCCAAAGAAAAAGAUUGCUUAAAGAAAUAUACCACUCUGCUUCAAUGUGAAGAAUCAUUUUAUAGGCAGAAAGCAAGCAUUAAAUGGGCUAUUCAAGGAGACAAAAGAAUCAUUUUAUAG